AUGGGCCCCGCUGCCCGGUCGGGGGACUCUCGGGACACGGGUCGCUGCCGCCCCCGCCCCCGCCGGCCUGCCGGCCGCCCGCCAACCGCCCGCCGCCGCGCCUGGCCCAAGCGGGCCGAGCGGGCCGUGAGCCCCGGCGGGACCUACCGACUAGCCCACCGCGACGCCGUGGGGCUGCGCAGGGCCCGCGCGGGGGCGGCCGGCCCAGCGGCCGAGCGGGUAGCCACGCUGCUGCGCUCGGGCCAGGGACUCACCACUCGCGGGGCGCCUCCGGAACGGUGCGCACGGUGUCCGGUGCGCGACCGUGCGGUCGAUGGCCGCUGCGCCCGCACCCACGCCCGCACCCGCUCGGCGGCCGGCUCGGCUGGGCCUGCGCCUGCGGCUCGGGAGUCGCUGCGGGGCCUUGCCUCAGGGUUGCCAUGGCCGAGGUGGGGGUGGGGGGCAGCAGUGGUGCUCAGUGGGCUGCCCCCUGACAUCCCGGAGGGGCUGCUCACGCCCUACUUCGAGGACGGCCGUCGCUCUGGGGGAGGACCUGUGUUGAGCUGGCAGCUUGGCGGAGGGGGCACACUCACUUUUCAGAAGUCUGCAGGUGCAGGGAGGGUCUCGGCCUAGGAGGGGCAUCUACGGCACUGGCUGAGCCUUAGGCCAGCCCCACCAUGUGCCCCUGCAAGCCUGCUGCUCCCAGGACUGCCCCCCGACACCGCCCCCCCCCAGCACCUAGAGCAGCACAGCCAGACCCUGCUGCGUGCCACGGGGCAUCCAGCGCAGCCCUGCUGUGGCCCUGACAGUCCCCGACCAGACUGGGUCCUGGCCCAGCUGCCCCAGCCCCUUUCUGAGGCAGAAGUCUGAGUCCUGGAGGAACAGGCCUGGGCCCUGGGCCUGGAAGGGACUGAGGUGUCCCAGGCCCGAGUCGUGGGUGUGGUGGGGGCUAUUCCCCCUGAGGGCCUGCUGCUGCAGGAGCUGUACCUGGAGACUGAGCUCCGCAGUGGCAGGGGACCCCUGGGGGGCCUUCGCAGCCUGCCUGGGCACCUGGGCAUGGUUACAUCCUUCCAGCAGCGGCAGGUGGCAGAGUGAGUCCUACGGCAGGACUCCCAGGGUCAGUGCUCAGAGCUGAGCCUGGUCCCCCACUAUGACGUCCUGGAGCCUGAGCAGCUUGCCAAGAACACCGGUGGAGGGGACUACCUGGUGCAGUUGGGGCCAGGGGCCACCGAGCAUGCUCUCCUGGAGGCUGGAGGGCCAGUGAGGACAUUGAAGGGUGCAGGGCUGGGGACACUGAGGAGGCUCCGAAGAGGAGCCAGGGCAGAGAGUAGCCUCUCUGGGGACGGGCCCCCUGGGUCUCCUGGACAGGCUGAGCCAGUCAGCUUGGGGCUCGUGGGGUCACCGGGACAGGGGGCUGCCCUCAGAGGAGGUCUGAGCACUGCGGGCCACGCCGGAGGGCCCGGGCGGGAGGGCUGGCUGGCUAUCUCCAGAGCUGGGGGCCGGGCAGAGGACUCCGAGGAGCAGCCAGAGCGGGAGUGGGCCUCCAGGGCUGGGAGGGGGCCCAGGGGGCCGCAAGAGGAGCUGCACGCUGUGCUGGUGGCCUGGCUGGUGGUGCCCGUGGCCUUUGGGCAGGAUGUGGCGGAGCCGGACCGGGCACUGGGGACUGCCUUGGAGGUGCACGUCCAGGAGAUGCUUCAGGCCCCACCUGUGAGCCUGCACCCCAGCUUGGGGAGGGUGGGGCAGGCCAGUGCCCUAGGCAUGGCCCGGACCCCCUUUGUCUGCAGCUCAGAGAGGACCGAGGGUGGCACUGCAGACCGGGCUCCUUGUCUGAAGCAUGGGGAUGGGGCGCCAUCUCGUGGCCACUUUGAGGAUUACUCUUCCCGCAGCGUGGAGCAUGUGAGUGUCUGCUGCAGCAGCAGGUCCGAACCCCACGGGGAGCACCUGGAACAGCCCCCUGAGAGGCGCCUAGUGGAGCAGGUUCUGUACCAUGGCCCAUCAGCGUGGGCAGUCCCCGACAUCUGUGCGCAGGGCUUUGACCGAGCCGCCCCCCUGUCCCUGCAGGACCACUACUUGCCCCCCAACGCUGAUGGCCACAAGGUGGUGUUCAGAGCAUGGGUGCUGACCGGUGACUAGGGGUAGGGUCCUGGAGGCCUUUGGGAGCCCUCCCCCCGCCCCAAACUGCCGGCCCCUGGCCACGUGUUCCUGCGCAACAGCGCAGUGGACUGCCUCCGUCAGGCCAGCAUCUUUGUCAUCUUUCAUGAAACUGAGGCGCUGCCCACCCACCUCAUUACUUGCAAGCACGUGCCCCGGGCUUCCCCAGGGGACUCCUCUGGGCACUUGGGCCACUUCCCAGCCUCCUAA